AUGUUGAAAGAAGAGCUAGUGUGGUCAAAGCUGAAUGUUGACGCCUUGUACACAGAAAAGAUUGAGGAACUCAUAAAAGCUGGUGGUAUUCCCCAUUCGAUGCGACCUUAUCUAUGGCCACGGUUUGCUGGAGCCACAAAAAAGCGUGCUGUCGCUGGCUACUCGUACGAUGAGGUCCUACGACAAUCCGCUCAGGAUAAGCCGUCCAUAGGUGUCCAAAUAGAACGUAGUUUACUGAGAACAUUGCCAAACAAUAUUUGCUUCUGGAAGAAAAAUGGUGCAGGGAUAGACGCACUAAGGAGGGUUCUAAAAGCGGUCGCAUUCAUAUAUCCUGAUCUUGGCUUUUGUGAAGGAAUGGGAAUUAUCGUGGCUAUACUUUUGUUGUUUUGCUCCGAAGAGACGACAUUCUGGAUGAUGACUGCCUUGAUUGAGGACAUUUUACCACCGAAUUAUUACAGUCAAACGCUUUUAGGCGUUCAGCGAGCUACAAGGCACCUAAUGAAGUCUCAUGUGCCGGAUUUGAAUCGUCUUAUCGACGAGCUCGAUGUUGAAGUGUCUUUGGUGACCGUUAAUUGGUUACUCACAUUGUUUGCGUCUGUUUUCCCAACAAAAACAUUGAUACGUGUCUGGGAUUUCAUAUUCUAUACGGGAAGCGUCAGUAUAUUUCGGGUCAUUAUUUCAAUAAUGAAAAUGAAAGAAGACGAUAUAGUUGAGUUAGGAAGGAGUUCUAUGUCGUCGGCUGAUCUUUUCAACGCCAUCAGCCAACUGCCGCAAACAGUACGUUAUUUUUAG